AUGUUUUUAUUUUUUAUUAUACCGAUUGUUUUUACAAGUGAUAAUUAUCAAAUUCCAUCCUAUUACGGAUCAAAAGAAUUGGAUUUUCUUUUGAGAAAAAGCAUAAUAAAUGGCAAUUUAAGUUCUUUUUAUUGGCAUCCAAGUGUUUCUAAGAAUGAUAAUACUUCUACAUUUUACUUGGGUUAUAAAAAUGCAAUAUUCGAAAUUGAUAAAGACAAUAGAAGCAAAAUAAUAGCAGGCUCCUCCUCAGGGAAGUCAGGGUUUAGAGAUGGUGACGCUGCAAGUUCUCUAUUUAAUAAUAUCAAAAGUGUAAUUUACUUUUCUAAAAAUGAAACAUUAGCAAAGUAAGAAUAUACUAAAUAAACAAUAAUUUUGGCUAACAAUAAUACAGAAUGUUUAAAUGUUGAUUCUACAAAUUUUACUCAAUGUUUAGAUACCUAAAGUGAUCCAGUAGAUCCUUAUAGAAUAAAGGAUGUAUAUAAAGAAUAAUCUGUACCAUAAGAGGAGUUCAAAGAAUUUCUUUAUAUAGUGGAUUCUGGAAAUCAUUGUAUUAGACAAAUAGAUUUAUAGAAGAAAAUAACAAAGACAAUUGCAGGCAUUUGUGGAUAGAGUGGCUUUAAAGACGGUUUGUUGGGAAUGAACUUAUUUAACACACCAGAUUAAAUGGGAAUUGAUGUUUUAGGCAACAUUUUUGUUAAUGAUUUUAAUAAUCACUUUAUUCGGAUGAUAACAUUAGAUGGAUAUGUGAAUACGUUAAUAAGUGGAAGUUGCAGAUAGGAUGUGAGAUAUUAGGACAUCUAAUUUGAUAAAUUGAAUUUAAAGAGGGUCAUUUGUUUAAAGACCUGGAUUAAAACAUCAGGCUAACCUUCAGAUCACCUAGUAGUAUUGUUAAUGAUUAAUUAUCAAAACAUAAAAUUUAGUAAAAAUUAUGACUCUCCAUAAUAACAAUAAUAAUCAACUAAACUUCCUUUGAUAAUUGAUCUGCACAAAAAAAAAGAGCAUUAAAUCAAAAAUAAUAAAGUCUAAUCUAAAUCUAUGCAUCACGGUGAAAGGAAAAACAAUUUUAUUCUAAACAGCAUUAUAACAGAUGUAAAUGAAAUGAUUAAAUAAUAUCAUGUUUCUGUGUUUAAGGAAGACUAAGGAGAUAAAUCUGUGAGAGAUUAGAAAAAAACCAAAUAAUUAUGGUUAUAGGAAAAUGAAAACAAAGAUAAUAAGUUAAUAACUUAAUAUCAAUUGCUUGAGCUAAGAUUAAAAUAACAUUAAAUAAAGAAAGAUAAGUCAACAAUUUCUAUAUAGGGAAAUAGACUAUAAACUAUUAGUACAAUUACAUAUGACACAAUUAGCAAAGAAUGA